GAUCGAUCACCCCGACCACUCAACCUCCGCCACCCUUCCCAAUCCCAGCCUACAACCAAAACCUCCAAGAACCACCGCCAGACACCACAAACUUCAAUCGACCCCACACACAUACAACAAAUACACUUACAGAUAUCUAUCUCAAAAAACCCCCACACAACAUCUCAUAUCUUAUCAUCACUUUGUCUCCGACCAAGCCCACCCGCGUAUUGUAUUGCCAGUCUUGAGUCUCAAGCGAAACUUGUUGAUCCUUGAUUGACAUCUUACCAAGAAACCUUCUUGAUUUAAUAUUUAUUGAUUCAUUUAUUUGCUCAUUUACGUAAAGCAAUUGUUGUUGUAACAAAGGGGAUCAUCGUCAAUAUCCUCAAACCAUUUCCAGUCCAGGCCGACACUCCAAGCUUGCCUUCAAGCUUUCAAUCGGUCAAUCGACUCACUCGCCGCCGUUCAAGAACCACCACCGCGCUCGAGCCUGUCAAAGAAUCCCACCCACCCCAGCAGCACGGCACCAAACUUGGCAGGGAUCUCGUGACGCAGAGCGAGCAAAGCUCCUAAACCAUUCACCCCACCACCACCACCACCCCUUUCUUUUUUCUUUUUUCUUUUUUUUUCGAAUCUUGCCAGUUCCGAAUCCUAGAUUGCAUCUCCAUAUACAGUCUCAUCCAGUCUAUCCCAUCGUUCAUCCCCGCCUUGAAACCCCUUCGAGACGGCUGAGUCAGUCGAUCGCCAAAAAGCCGCUUAGUAGCAGCAGCAAACUGUAGCAGCUGUUCCGGCGGUGCUUUAGAGUCAGCCAACCCUUACCAAUCCACUCCAGACUGCCCAACCCCCCACUCAGCUCCCCGAUGUCCGCCACCACCCUGACUCAGACGGCGAUCAAAACCCAGUGGGUGACGACUGGCUAUCGUCAUCAGCCUCUGCUCGUCUCCACCCCCUGCAUCAUCCCACCUCCGACUGCCGAACAGAAGCGGAAGGCCCCACCGGUCCGCUGCUCGGCCCGCCUCAUCAGCCAGAGCAGCUCCCCCUCCAUCCCGCCGGCCGCUGCCCCAACGACCCCGAGGAGUAAACGCCGACGAGCGAGUACGAAGAACACCAGAGUCUGUCCGAAUCCACACACCGACCAGCUCGGGCUGUCGGGCGGGAGCACCGCCUUCGGAGACUCGGGCACCCAUUCAGUUCUGCUCGAUCGGCCCCAGCCAUCCACCCAUCCUGCGCCGGGCUCACCACUUCAACAGAAACCUUUCCCGUCCUUACAACCCCUUCAAGCCGUGCCGCCGAUCGCAGAUAAACUCAGCCCACCACUGCCAAGCCUUUCCUUCACCUUUCUUCCAGCGCCUCACCUUGGAAAACCCUCGAUCCUCUCCUUCCCAAAGACACCCAUCCCCUCCGACUUGGUCUUUCACUUCCCCCAAUCCGUCCCUGCACGCCACCUUCCCCCUCCGCAUCCUAGCACCCGCCACUUGAUCUCCCUUCCCUCACAUUCUCAGUCGCAUCAAGACCAUCAUCGAUUGACACCGCAUCAAUCCGUAUCCUAUCGCUCACAGCCUCUUCCCACCUGGUCUGCGGCGCCUCAACCCCACUUGACUCGAAGCAAACGUCGGCUGGCCUUGCCUGAAGCGCACCACGUUCGUUCCAAGAAACUCAAGCUUCACCAUUCGUUCUUUCGAUCUCCUCAGGUGCUCUAUCCAGUGGACUACUCACUGAGAACUACAGCACCAUCAGCAAUGUCCUCUCCGUCCAAGACUAUCCAGAAUCCCAAGUGGCUUCACACCUCCGCCGCCGCCGAGGGUCAGCCAAGCAAAAUGCGUCCUCACGAGGCCCAAUGUACUGGUAACCCGGAAAAUUGGGGUCCGAUGCCCAACAAUAGGCGCUCGUUUUCCCCACGGUCUCCUUUGAACAGCUCUCCCCUCUCUAAGACGUCCCCUCCGGCCAAAUCACAUCGAUCAUCCCCGCCCGCUUCGACUGGUGGCUCGCAAGCAGCUCCUUUGAAGGCGCAGCUCAUGGCCGUCUUACGGAUGCACUCUAACCUUCAGCCUGGUGAAGCAGCCCUCCGACUGAAAAAAUGGGUGAUUUGGAACUCCUGGGUACGAGGUCGUGCACAGAUGCGCUUCUAUCCGAUCGUGAGUCCGAACCCACCGAACCCAAGGAUAAUGGCCCCAUCACCAUCUCGAGCAGCCAGUCCGGCCAGCUCAUCAGCUCGCGACGGGUGGACCGGCAAUGAGGUGUUCGACGAUAAUGGAGAUUUGAUUUGUGAAGAGGAGGAGGAGAAGUCUCAGAAGAAGGCAGAACAGAAGAACCGAUCAUCACGAUCUUCAACCCGACAAGCCGUUGAAAGAGCGCCGUUGCCGGCGACCAGAACUGAAUCUCCGUCGCCGCGCAAGAGUCACACCAUCAUCAAACUCAAGAUCCCCUCGAGGAACUCCACCCCUCGGCAGUACCCACUCCAACCCACCCCGCCUGACUCUCCCGUCUCCCCUAGUCACCCACAACAUGCCCAGAAGAACAAAUCUCCUGACAAAUCUCCUGACCAAUCUGUCACCCCCACCGCCACCCACAGACCUCUCACCCCUCCACCAUCGCCUCCUAACUGAAGAGCAAUCGGCCCCAUCGCUUUGCUUGCGUGUUGUUUCUUGUUGUCUCGAAAGCUCGGGCGGAAUCGCAAUUGGGUUUCACUUUUUUCUCAUUUCUUCAUAACUUAUCAUUCUCAUCCUCUUUGGCUUCUCCUUAUCUCUUUUUUUUUUUUU